GGCGGGAGGGGGAGGGGAGCGCGGCGCUGCGCCGAGGCUUCGUCUGCUCGUCUUGGUCUCCGCCUCUUCUCGGAGAGACCUCGGCUGUGCUUCGACAGCUGCUCUGUCAGGCCCUAGGAGAGCAGCCCGCACAGAACCCGAAGGAAGCUGCGGCCUCCGAGUGCUUCCUGAAGGGGCCAGCCAUCGAUCCUCGCUUUCUCCAUUGCCCCCUUUUCAGACCUCCCCUCCCCCGCCCCGGGACUCCCCGAGAGCAGCCCCGCCGCCGCGGCCCAGCCACCGUCCCCGCAGCGGCCCCUCCGCCCUCCCGGCUGCGCCAUGGCGGCGGCGGCCGAGCCCAGCAGCGGCAGCAGAUAUCAGCAGUUGCAGAAUGAGGAAGAAUCUGGAGAGCCUGAGCGAGUUGUUAGUGAUGCUCCUCCCCCAUACAGCAGCAUCUCUGCAGAGAGUGCAAACAGCAAACAAUCCUCUUCUAAACAUAUUUCCAUAUUCGUUGUGCUGCGCAAAAUAAAUCAGAUCAAAAGGGAAAAAACCACGAGAAAGAAAAAAAAACAAGCAAACAAACAACAACAACAACAAAAAGCAUAUUUUGACUACAAAGAUGAAUCUGGAUUUCCCAAGCCCCCUUCUUACAAUGUGGCUACCACAUUGCCUACUUACGAUGAAGCAGAAAGGACCAAGGCUGAAGCUACCAUCCCCUUGGUUCCUGGGAGAGAUGAUGAUUUUGUAGCAAGGGAUGAUUUUGAUGAUGCUGACCAGCUGAGGAUAGGAAAUGAUGGGAUAUUCAUGUUAACUUUUUUCAUGGCAUUCCUCUUUAACUGGAUUGGAUUUUUCCUGUCUUUCUGUCUGACCACAUCAGCUGCAGGAAGAUAUGGGGCCAUUUCAGGGUUUGGCCUAUCUUUAAUUAAGUGGAUCUUGAUUGUCAGGUUUUCCACUUAUUUCCCUGGCUACUUUGAUGGUCAGUAUUGGCUCUGGUGGGUUUUCCUUAUAUUAGGCUUUCUUCUGUUCCUCAGAGGAUUUAUCAAUUAUGCAAAGGUUCGGAAGAUGCCAGAUACUUUUUCAACCCUCCCCAGGACCAGAGUUCUCUUUAUUUACUAAAGAUGUUUUCUGGCAAAUGCCUUCCUGCAUUUAUGAAUUCUCUCUCAAGAAGCAACAGGACAUCUGCAGGAAGUGAAUCAAGACUCAAAACACAGAAGAAAUAAUCACCUGCUUUAAAAAAUAAAUAAAGUACUGUUGAAGAUCAUUUCUCUUUAUUUGUUUCUAGGUGUAAAAUUUUAAUAGUUAACGCAUAAUUCUGUAAUCAUUGAAUCAUUAGUGGUUAAUGUUUGAAAAAGCUAUUGCAAUCAAGUCUGUGAUGUACUAAUAAUGCCUUAUAUUGUUUGUAGUCAUUUAAAAUAUAGCAUGAGCUAUGUCCCUAUAGUCAGUAGGGGGCAGUAUUGCUUUAUUUAAUUCUCCAUCUUAAAGUGAAUUUGGAAUUAAAUAUUUCAGUGUAAGAUAUGUAUAAUGCUGGCCAUUUUGAAGGGAUAAUUCUCAGAAGUUUAGAAAACUGUUAAGAUUACAUUUCUGCACAUGAUACGUAUACACUGUUAAAAAUAAAUCUAUAAAUCUUAAAUUGUGUUUUGUGUACACCUGGAAACAAAAUUGUAGUACAAAAUUAACUUAAGGUUUAGUCAGGAAUGAGUUUUCUUUUUUGCAAAGUAAUACAAGUAUUAGUCUAUAAUCUAAAUUUUACAGUACUCUUUUCUUUUGUACUCAGUACUUUUGGGAUUUCGUAAACACUUUCACUACAUAUAGUAUUGUUAUAAUAUCAAGGACAAAGAUUACAAAAUUAAUAAGUAUAAUUCUUUACAUCUCUCAUAAAACAGGUUCCUUUUAUUUUACUUCAUUGUCUCUGAAAAUAGAGACUAGAAGAUUGGAAAAAAAGAGUUUUGGCUUUGGGACUUUUGAGAUGAUCCCUAAUAAACUGUAUUACUUGCUUUUAUAAUGUGUUAGCAGAAAUUAUGAUGCAAUGUAAGUGUAGAACUGAUGUGCUUUCUGCCGAGUGGUAAUUCAAAUUUGAGUUUUGCUAUGUUAAAACUGUAAAUACAGCAGAACAUUAAUAAAUGUUACUUAUGUAGCAA